UGAUUCAAGUUUACAAUCAUAUUUCAUGAUAUAUAAAUGAUAUGAUGUGUACAGUUAUGUUCAGACACAAAUUUCUGUUUGUUUGGUUUCAGCGAUCACGUUUUAUGCUGUGUGAAGAUGAAUGCUCACACACUCUGGUGGUUGGUAUUUCUGACCCAGAUUAAAAGUUUUCCUUGUCAGACACGCCCAUUCAGUCUACAAGAACCUGAGCUGACGGCUACAGAGGGAUCCUGCGCUGAAAUCAAAUUACAAGUCAUGCGAUCUGUUAAUACUGAAGGUGCUCACUGGUUUUGGAUGAAGAAUCCAAAAUGGAUCAAUAAAACAUUUGGAUUUAGUGGCACCAUUAUACACAGUACGGAUCAGACAAAACGUCCUCUCAGUCCAGAGUUUAAAAACAGAGUAACAUCUAACUGCACUCGAAGUAUAACAGAGAUUCCAUUCAAACAGUCACAGUGCAAUAUUUUAAUCUGUGACCUGAGCAAAACAGACAGUGGAAAUUAUUCUUUCAGAUUUGAAGGAAAAGGAACAGAAAUAUGGAUGACUGAACCAUGGACGACACUCAGAGUUAAAGAUAAUCCAUGUCCUAUCAUUUUUGAACAACCACCAGUCGCGAGGGAAAAUGACAGAAUAAAGCUCACAUGCUCCACGUUAAGUUCGUGUCCAAAGCCAAAAAUUGAACCUCUGACCCAGCUGCCCUCAGUGUACCUUCCAGACGAAACAUCUACAAAGACAUCUAUCACCACUGUCAGCUUUACUGCCACCUGGAUGGAUGAUGGAAAAGAGUUUACCUGUCAAACAUCAGAUGAAGACAAAUAUUUGAUCCAGAAGACCAAAAUAAUUGUAGAAUACGCUCCUAGAGAGACAUCCGCUAAGAUCAGCUCAUCAACAAUCAAAGAAGGAGACACUGUGACUCUGACCUGCUCUUCAAAAGGGCAACCGGACCUCACCUUUACCUGGUUUCAUAAUGAGGUACAGCAAUUCUCAGGAGCCAACUGGACAAUAAGACCAAUUAAUUCUUCACACAGUGGAUCGUACUAUUGUGAAGUUAAAAAUAAACUUGAUAAACAACGCUCAAGAACGGUCACUGUUGAUGUCACAUAUGUCCCAGAAGUUGAGGUACAGAUUUCAAAGGAGCCUGAAGGAAGCCUCACGGACAUUAAACAAGGAGAUAAAGUUACUUUUAGAUGUAAUGUGAAGAGAAGCAAUCCUACGAAUGUCCAAUUUAGUUGGACUAAGGAUGGUAAUCGGGUCGGACGGCUUCAGACAUUUGUUGCCAGAAAUAUUCAACCAGAGGACAGUGGCAGCUACACGUGUACAGCUACAAACACUGCAGGUUCUGGGACAUCCAAGCCACGCAGUGUUCUGGUUCAAUACCGGCCAAGGAACACCAGAAUUUCCCUUGGUGAAGCACAAAAUACGAGAGUGAAAGUUAACAGCAUCCUCACUUUAACCUGUAUCACUGAUGCAAAGCCAGCUGGCUGGUACUCCUGGUACAAACAGACUGACUCCUCACAGUGGACACCCAUCUCAGAACAAUGGAUGCUGAGAUUGGAGAGGGUCCAAAGAAAAGAUGAAGCAUGUUACAGAUGCAACGCAACCAACAACAUCGACAAGGGGGAUACCAGUACCCCGGUGUGCAUACAAGUGCUGUUUCCUCCAACCAAGGUCACGCUGUCUAUGGAUGCCGAGGUCACAGAGGGUCAGAUGAUCAGAAUCAGCUGCACUGCUGAAAGUUUCCCAUCAUCAUCUUUCACUAUUAUGAGGAAAUCCUCAUCAAACCAUCAGUUUUCAUACUGGAAAUUCUCUCAGCCCAAUGAUAAGAGGAACAUUUUUCACUACACAUUCAAUGCUUCUUCAACCGACGCAGGUGUUUACAUCUGCAAAGCCGCAAACAGCGAAGGAACUCAGCAAAGCAACCAGAGGAAAUUAGUGGUAAAAUAUACUCCCAAAGAUGUAACGGUAGAAGCUCAGCCUGGUCUUACUGUGAAAGAAAACAUGGCAUUCACACUGGACUGCAGAGCCCGUUCCUACCCAGCAGUGACUUCUGUCAUCUGGAUGAAGAAGAUUAAUGGGAGGAAUGAAGUCAUCCAGAGCCAUCAGAAGACCUUCUCUGUGAAGUCUGCCAGCCCCUCUGACAGCGGACUUUACAGCUGUACAGCCAUCAAUGAAAUUGGACCUGGAAAUUCUGAGCAAGUUGAAGUUCAUGUUCAGUAUGCUCCAAAACGCGUAACAAUCCUGAAAGGAGAAGAGCAGCAGCAGUCUGGUGGGAUCCGUUCUGUGAUGCUGAGCUGCAUCACUCAGUGUUAUCCUGAAGCCAAAUAUUUAUGGUACAAGAAGACAUAUGAUAAGAAAAGGGAUGAAAAAGUAUCUGAAAGUCAGAACUUCACAGUGAACUCAGACCAAAAAGGAGAGUACUACUGCAUCGCAGGAAAUGAGAUAAAUCAAAAACCAUCUGACCCAAUCAGGCUGUUUGAUGACAGACUUAUGAUGGCCGUGAAGAUCUUCUGCUUGAUUUGCCUUCUGUUGCUAAUUUGUCUUUUAAUUUUAUUUUUGUACAGACGCAGGAGGAACAAAUCACAUCGGCAAGGAACCACACGGCCCUCUUGUGGUUCUCUGGGUCGGCGGAAUCGGGGGAGGAGUAGGAUGACUGAGACUGCUUUGACAGAGCCUUUCAGGAGCAGGGAUGACCUCCUGCCAGACCAGCCAUGCCGUCCAAACGCCCAACGCUGCCAGCCUCAUCCAGACAGCACGUCUGCAUCCAACAUUAACACUGUUUACGCUGUUGUCAAUCUGCCAAGUGGGAAACUGGCUCCCUCUGCACCAAUGCCAAAGCAAAAGCAUGAAGCACACUUGGCCAGUGAUUCCCUCAACUAUGCUUCUUUGCUCUUUGGGAAUAAUAAACCAGAAGAGGAUGUUGUGUAUGCAAAAGUGUCCAAAGCAAAGGCAUCUAAUGAGAUGGAAAGACUGGCGGACUAUGAGAAUGUCAGUUCGGUCUGUGCAGCCAAACUCCCAGAUCCAUCUGACUCUGACUCAGACACCAGUGAGGAUGAAGUAGAAGUCAACUAUUCUCAAGUGAACUUUAAGCCAAAGCGUGGACAUCAGAGAUCCAGCAGCGACACCAGCAGCGACUCCACCAGCUCUGAAGAUGAGACUCAGUACUCUCAGGUCAAAAUCUGACAACACAGCUGAACUGUGUCCAUAAUCAGUCAUAACGUUAGUAGCAUAUCUAAGAUGAAGGCAAAUGGACUUGCUUACAUUUAUUGCAGAUGUUUCACUGUUUCAUCCAAGAUGCUUCUUGACUUCUGAUGGACUGGUCAUCAUUCACAGCAUGAAGCAGCUGGAUUUUACUAAAAUGAAAACUGAAUGAAGAUUUUGUCACAUCCUCAUCAUUGUUUUGUAUAGUUUUAAUCACUAGCCGUAUUCCUUCAAGUAUAUUCUUUUACUGCCCCUGACUGAGCAUAUUAGUUGCUAGUUUUGUUGGUCCUGGUGCAGUGGGUCUAUUGUCCAGCUCAAUCCAGUGUGAUUUUUUUUCUGUGUGUAUAUGUUUGCAAUAUUAUGAACGGCUGAAGCCGUUUCAUCUUAUCUGGAAGUUAAAAAUGUGUAGCUGGACAGUGAUAUAUAUUUUUUCCUUCAAAAAUUUAUGAUUUUCUUUUGUUUGAUCUUAUCUAGUACAGGCUCUGUUUUUAUAUUUAUAUUUUUCGGUUUUAGUUGGAGUUUAGGGCACUUACAGAUCCACAGGUGGGAUGUUUGCCAACUUUUAUUGGACUUUUUCAUGUCCUACGCAAAAAAAGCUCCUGUGGAGUGUUUAGCACCUUGAAGUGAAUCAUGAGAGUUUUUAUGGACAUUUGAGUAAAGGUGUGAAUGGGUGAGAGACCUCAGAGCUGCAUUGUAAGUGCCUGAUAAGUGGUGUCAUAGUGAUUUGUUUGACAUAGAUAAUAUCUUUCAUGCCUCAUUUGUACUAUUGGUCUUCUCUAGUCAAAAUGUUUACAGUGUUGACCUCAAAUGAAAGUCCCUUGUCCUUAAAAGAACCAAAAUAUCCCUUUAAUUGCGCAGAACUCCCAACCAGUUGGUCAGAACUGAAGUAACCUAAAAGGUGAGAGGGUAAAUGUCUUUAUGACACUCAAGCAAGUCCAGUUGCGGCAAGUUUUAGAAUUUGCAUACACCUUGUUUCUGUAUAUUUUUGUGAAGCAGCAAGCACCAAACAGAAGGGCCUCUAUCGAAACUCAUCACAUCUAAAAUAUAAGUCUGGUCAACUAUAACAAAAAAGUAAUACCGUUUUGUGAAAAUGUACAUAAUAAGCUGAAAAACGACAUUACUAUAAUGUUGUGAACCUGUGCUGCACUCACUAUGCUAAGAUUUGUUUAUAGCAUGUAGUGCUAUAAAUUUGUUAGAAAUAUAUGCAUAACAAUGCACGUGGUUCCAUUUUGUUACCUGCUUUGACUUGAGCAAACUUAACAGCAAGAAGAAUGAUUAUUUUUUGGCGUUUCUUUUUCUCAGGGAAUUUAUACUGUAUUUAUGUGUUGUUAUUUUUAAACAUGCAUAGUUAAUAAAAAGUAAACAAUUA